AAUUGAGAUUUAAUCAGGAUUUAAUUAGAUUUAAUCUGAAUUUCAAAAGAUAUUGAUCUAAAUAUCUCUCCUUAAUUAAACCUCGAUUUCGGCAAUCUGAUGUACUAGUGAAAAUUAACUUGCGACAUCGUUUUUGGAAUCUAGAAAACUAUAAGAAACAUCUUGCCUGGUUUAAAAUAAUAAUUAAAAAAGAUAUAUACAUUUUUUUUUUUAAUUAGUGCAAUCGUCGGGAACUUGAAGCGGAGAAGAAAUUAUUCAAAGGCAAAUUAUUCGACGGAAAAAAUUGAUGUACGAGGGGUUGUUCGACAGAAUAGCGUAAUCGUGGGGUAUAACCCCUGGUAAACGAGGGUCGUCUCAAGCUCGCAUUCGUAAUGCCGUAUUUACGUAAUCGAUCGUCGUAUCUGCGAGCGACGCUAUAGGUUUCAGUAUCAUUUUGCGAACGGCGAGCGGCGCACUCGUUUACCUCGUCAUUCAUUACGGCGGAACGUGUAAUGAAUGCGACCUGUACUUAACGCGAUCGUAAUCACGGCGUCGCGGGCUCACGGAGCGAUUGAUCAUAACGGUAAUUACACAUGUCACGGUGGAAUAAACCGCGCCGAUGACGAACGUGGGAUUAACUUGGAAAUUAACCGAAUCACGGAAAGUUGGUGGCUACCGCAGGAUUUGCCGUAAGGCCUUGCGGUUUACACGUAAGCCGGUAGUCUCUUCCCGCCUUGCGACUCUCUGUGACUAAUGCGAAAAUUAUGCGCGUCAAUUAGAGACUCGCGCAGGACAAAUCCCUCGUCGACGCAGUGCGUCACGCACGAGCGUCUUUGACACGAUUGAAAUCUGCGCUUUAAGUAUAACUGAGGUAAUGUACCGCCUGAAUUUACACUGAGCGAUUGAAGCAAUUUGUAAUGCGUUUAUUUACGAGAUGCAAUUAAUUGGCAGACUGAUGCAGCCCUGACAUAAAAAGAUACUGGAUUAUCUAUUUCUUAUACAUAUAUAAUAUAUCUUUAUAUGUAUAUAAUUUAUAUAUUUUUUUAAAGCCCAUUUGAUCGACCCAUUUAAAAACGGAAAGAAGAUGACUUUUUGUUAAUACGGAAAUUGCAAAACUAGUUGAAUAAGAUCGUUACGUCAUUUCUUAACGAUGUUUGAAUAAUUUAUUUUACUUCGUUUCAUGUGCCAUGAAAUAUUAAACUAAAAACCAGUUCAUUUACGUAACGAAAAAUCCACUCUAACGCAAUAAAAUGUAACAAUUAAAAAUACGAUACAUUAAACAGUGCGUUUUACCGAGUAAUAAGAAAAAACCAUAGAGCUUAAAAACAUAUUUAAAAGAGUAAAAGAGUUAGAGUUUCGCAAGCAUAUUAAUAACAAGUAUUGUAUUUAAAAAAUUGUGAUAAGUUCGUUUGCGCGAAUCGUUGCGUAAGACUCAUACUUUUAUGUGACACUAUUGAAAUUAAUGGAAUUCGCACUCAUUCGAAGCAGUUACGAUAUUCCCCGCGAUCGUUCGCCGCAAGACUGUGAGAUGAAUAAAGCAGUCUUUACGCGACCGUGACCAUAUCGUCGUACGCUCAUGCAGUAUUAAGUGGUGCCGGCGGCGACAGUGAACUCCGACAUCGGUGCAGUGCUACCAUUAAGUACGCGAGAAUACGCAAUUGUCUUUUCUUACGUGUAAUUCUUGCGGUUGCUGUUCAGUGUCACAUCGAUACGCUAGUUCACACGGUCGUACUAAACUCAACCAUGGGACGCAAACGAGAAAUUAAGUCGUGCCCGCCCACGAUCAAAGCCAGAUCUAAAUUCCUACCACGGAUAUUUGAUAACCGACGCGAGAGAACACGACGUAAACGGCGCGACAGGUCGUCCGCCACAACGUUACAAUUACCCGUUGAGAUCGAACUCACUCAACAAGUACAAUCCGCUCGAGUAAGAAAAUCUAGAGGACAAACGGCUCGAGUCGGCGAUUUACCACCGAGCUCCGCGUCGGUAAUCGAAGUAACGUCGUCGCAAGAGUAUGCUGAUCACCAAAGCGCCGGAGGUGCGGGUGCCGCGAACGCGACGAUGCAGAGCAACGCGGAUAGCAACAUGGACCUGGCGACGGUGACGUCGAGCAACCCCGUCUUGGCGACGCCAGGGUUGAACAACCCCACCUGGAAUCGUCAACAGGCGGUCAGCGUCAGGCACGCCUUCAAGAUCUAUGGCAGCAGCAAGAACCCGAAUCAUGUCCUACAGAAUCUCAGCAUGACGGUGGCCAAGGGCUCGAUAUACGGGCUGCUGGGUGCCAGCGGAUGCGGCAAGACCACCCUGCUGUCUUGCAUCGUCGGCCGGAGAAGAUUAAACUCAGGCGAGAUCUGGGUGCUGGGCGGCAAACCCGGAACGAAGGGCUCCGGGGUGCCUGGAAAAAGGGUCGGCUACAUGCCGCAGGAGAUCGCGCUAUACGGCGAGUUUACCAUUCGCGAGACCAUGAUGUAUUUCGGCUGGAUAUUCGGAAUGGGCACGGCCGAGAUCGUCGAGAGGCUGCGCUUCUUGCUACAAUUUCUUGAUCUGCCUUCGCAGAACCGUUUGGUGAAGAAUCUUAGUGGCGGUCAACAAAGGCGAGUGUCUUUCGCAGUGGCUCUAAUGCACGAUCCAGAAUUGUUGAUCCUGGACGAACCAACCGUAGGUGUGGACCCGCUGUUGAGACAAAGUAUAUGGAACCACCUGGUUCAAAUUACCAAGGAUGGUAAUAAAACGGUCAUCAUAACGACUCACUACAUCGAAGAAGCCCGACAAGCGCACACGAUCGGUUUGAUGAGGAGUGGCCGAUUGUUGGCCGAGGAGGCACCUAGGACUCUCUUGCAAAUGUACAACUGCGCCUCCCUUGAAGACGUCUUCCUAAAACUAUCCAGAAAGCAGGGACAGUACGCUCAACCAACGACAGAACUAAAUAUCUCGAACAACAUCAGCUUGGCUUCUUUAAACUGGGGGAAAAAAGACGAGCCGGUAUACGUGACGGAAGAGUCCGGCGUUGUCGGGCUUAACUUCCAUCAAAGCAAAGAGGUCCUGAUCCACGACUCCACCAACGGAAUAGCGAAUCACUACGACAUAAAUGGCAAAUCAUUGGCGAGCGCGAAAGCCGGUUCUGUUCUGGAUUGUGAUGAUUGCGGCGAUUUCACGGAUUGUUAUAAGAUUACUAGUUGGGGCAAGAUUAAAGCACUUCUGCAGAAAAAUUUCUUGCGCAUGUGGAGAAAUAUUGGUGUGAUGCUGUUCAUCUUCGCCCUGCCGGUGAUGCAAGUGAUUCUAUUCUGUCUGGCGAUCGGGAGAGAUCCCACGGGGCUGAAACUAGCCAUAGUGAACCACGAGAUGUUUUACGAGAACAUGACGUGCCCCGUUUCGACGAAUUGCAGUUUCACACAUCUCAGUUGUCGUUAUCUCAACUUUUUGGACAACGAGACGAUGAUAAAGACGUACUAUCCGGAUCCGGAAUCAGCGAUGGAAGCCGUACGCAGAGGGGAAGCUUGGGGCACUUUGUACUUCACGGAAAAUUUCACGGACGCUCUUGUGGCGAGGAUGGCCUUAGGAAGAGAUUCCGAUGACGAAACUCUCGACCAAAGUGAAAUCAGAGUUUGGCUCGACAUGUCUAAUCAACAAGUGGGCCUGAUGCUGGCGAGAAAUCUUCAAUAUUCGUAUAGAGAUUUUGCCAAGGAUCUUUUAUCGUCCUGUGAACAGAAUACGAAACUGGCUGACGUGCCGAUUCAAUUCAAGAAACCUAUUUAUGGCACCAACGAGCCUAGCUUUACAGACUUCGUAGCACCGGGUGUAAUAUUGACCAUCGUUUUCUUCCUGGCGGUCGCGCUAACGUCAUCGGCGCUGAUUAUCGAGAGGAUGGAGGGACUGCUGGACCGAAGUUGGGUGGCUGGCGUGUCACCCGGCGAAAUCUUGUUCUCCCAUGUGGUCACACAAUUCGUGGUGAUGUGUGGUCAAACGGCCCUCGUGUUGAUCUUUAUGAUCCUGGUGUUUGGCGUCGAAUGCAAAGGCGAUAUCGGCUGGGUUAUCAUACUGACGAUCCUUCAAGGCCUCUGCGGCAUGUGCUUCGGGUUCGUGAUCUCGGCGAUUUGCGAACUUGAAAGGAAUGCCAUUCAGCUGGCUCUAGGCAGCUUUUACCCUACGCUUCUUCUUAGCGGCGUAAUAUGGCCGGUGGAGGGCAUGCCGACGAUUUUGCGAUAUAUCUCGCAGGGUCUGCCACUGACGAUGGCAACGACCGCCCUGCGUUCUAUGCUAACUCGCGGUUGGAGCAUCACGGAGCCAAACGUCUACAACGGCUACAUCUCUACCAUCAUCUGGAUCGUUCUGUUCCUCACGAUAAGCUUGAUGGUGCUAAAGUUCAAGCGCGGAUAAGAACAGAACAUCGCAUAACAUCCGAGAAAAAUAUCACCUAUUCGAAAAGAGCUCUUUGUCCGACUGCCAUCGUUUUAAUCGACGUUCGGCGGCAGAUCGACUACGAUUCUAGACGUCGAUGUGUCGCCACAAUACGAUCUCGCAGCCUUCUCCGCCGCGAGUGGACCUCCGAUACAUGUGAUGCUCCUGCGUAAGCUUAAUGUGCUUCUAAAACUCACAUAUCGCGCGUGCACGCGCGUAUGUAUGUUUGUAUUAUACGUAUGUGUGUGCGUUUGUAUACGUAACAGGAAAUCUCGAAUAAAUGGACGAUGUUGAUGUAUAUGAGACUGCUGCAUUUGCCUCGUGCGUCUGUUUAUAGGGAUUAUAUUUUUGUUCGGCGUCUGUAAAAAUUAGAGCGGAUGCCCGACACCCCGCCAGGAUUCUUCCUGUGAAUCGAUCUUCUCGAGGAUCGCGAUCGAGGGAAAUGGAAUCGGCACUUUCCAAUCGGCAAUUUACGCGAUUUCCAGUAACAUUUCAACUUAGCUUUUCGUAAUCGCAUAUGAUGGAAAGUAUUUAA